GAGUGAGCGAGUCAAACUGAUAUCACAAUUCAUUGCAAGCUUGAAAUCAUUUGCGCAACACAGUAAAAUUAAGGUGGUGUUUUUGCAAUUGUGAAAUAAAAAUUAUGGAUAGAAUUUAUGACGAAAAUAACGAUGUAUCAGCUAUAUUUUUCGAUUUAGAUAAUACUUUAAUACAAACUAGAAAGGGAGACAGCAAAGCUUGCAAUAAGCUUGUAAAAAUUUUGGUACAUGAAUAUGGUCUGCCUAUGGAUGCUGCCUCGGACAGUGCGUCUGCUUUCCUACAAGCAUUCAGAGCAAAACCAGACGAUGAAUCCUACGCAAUAGACGAAUGGCCCACGCACUUAUGGCGAAAUUGUCUGCCUAAAAACUAUAGGCAUAUUGCCAAAAAUAUAUCAGCACAAUGGUUAACAUUAAGGUUUCAAUAUUUAGCACUGACGCCAGAUGUGAUACAUCUUUUAGAAUCUCUGAGGGAGGAUUAUCUUCUCGGUUUGAUCACGAACGGGCCUUCGAGAGCACAAUGGGAGAAGAUCCAACGGCUGGAUCUUGAGAAGUAUUUCGACUGCGUGCUGGUCUCCGGGGAUCAUCCCUGGGAGAAACCAGAUCAGAACAUCUUCUUAGAAGCCUGCAAGUUACUCAAUGUUGAAGCCAGAACUUGCAUCAUGGUUGGAGACAAACUCGAAACUGAUAUUAAGGGUGGUAAGGACGCUGAACUAGGAGGAACGGUGUGGAUUCCUCUGCAGUAUGAUGAAAUGGUAUCAGAUCUGCCAGAUUUCAAAAUUCAAAAGGUGACAGAGUUACCGGAAGUGCUGCCAAACUCACCAAAACUAAAGAAGAGGGCUGCCUAAAUAAAUUUAUUAAAAGGGUAUACAUAACAGGAGGUACAGGUUGUACUUAACAAUAUUCUCCAAAUGUAGAGUUAAGUUAGUGUAUUCAUACACAAUACAACAUAUCUAUUAUGAUAUAGAAUGUUUGAAAAAAGUACCUGUAUACUUAAUAGUCUAUGAGCUAUGUUAUACAAUAAAUUCAUUGUACAAAAUGGCUUUUAGCAUAACAAGGUUUCUUCUAAAUAAAAAACUGCUGCUUAGUUACUAAUCUACCUGUCAAUGUCAAUUAAACACUGACAUGUCUUGAUAAAUUUAUAUAUUCUACAUGUCACUGGCAGAAUAUACUGUGCGCUUUGCACGGAUGAAGGCCAUAUUAUAAAAAAAUUAUAACUAUAUACUAUUAAAUAAUUCACUAUAUAAUUUUGAAACUUUGAACAUUAAUUGAAUACUUAUGUCAGUUAACAUUCCAAUAUAUUUUUCAGAACUUUAAUAUCUAUCCAUUAAAUCAUCCAAUGCAAUUCACAAUAAUCAAUUUCUUUCAAGUAGAUUUAUGUAAUUUUAUACUAAUGCCAGUAAGUAAGUUUGACUAUUUCAUGUGAAUGGUAUUUAACUACACAGACUAGAUUUUUUUAAUGUCAAUUUAUUAUUAUAUAAUGUGAAUAAUCUUAGACAAAUUAUGCAGAUUCAAAAAUGUCUUUUUUGAAAAUGUAAUUUUUUUUUCUCCUAACCAUUAAAUUUUAAAUUAUUUUUAUACCUCGCAGUUACAAAAUAAAUUAAAAUAUUGUUCCUUCAUAUCUAAAACUUGGCUACGGUAAGCAUGUGAAACUCAAGCUUUAAAUAUUAUACUUAGAGAAAUCACUUACUUAUUUAUUAAGUUUGUUUUUACUGUGAUUUACUGUUCUAAAUGUAGCUGAACCUAAAAAAAAUUUCUAUAUAUAUUUUUUUUAAUAAACAUUAAACGAUUUCUGUAUAAUUUAAAAGAAAAACAUAUUUUUUUAAUUAUGAAACUUAGAAUAUAGAUAUUGUAGGGUAGUUAAUAGAAAAAUAUUUUUGUACUAUAAAUAAUGGUUUUGUUGAAUAUUUCGGUCAGACUGUAUGAUGUGAUAGUACAUUUGUAAUGAAGGUAAUAGUGUUUGUAAAUAGGUUAUUUUGUAUAAAUACUAGAUGUAGGGGGUCCCAUAUUAGUGCUUUGCUUGGAUAUAUAGGCUUUUAAAAACUAUUGUCAGUAGUUUUGUGUUAGUUUUUGACUUAAAUCUGUUACUUGUAAAUACCCAACAUAUGUUUUCUUCAUAAACAUGUAAAAUGUUGUGUAAAUUUUGAAUAAUUUCCUAUAUGGUUUGUUAUAUUUCAUAGUUUAUUGGUGUUGUGACUAUUUGUAAUUAAAUGGACUGAUCUGGUAGUUUUAGGUAGACUAAUUUCAAUAACUUGAUAGAAUAUUACCGUUUCCAAAUAAAUAGAUCAGUUUAAUUUGGCCAAA